AUGCGCAGCGUCGAGGUGCGCGUCGAGGGACCCGACGUCGACGCCGGGGCUGAUCAUGCCUCCCUUCGUCGCGCACACGACGGGCCGCUGCACGCGCCGCGCACGGUGGCGUUCACGAGCCGCGACAGCUUCGCUCCGAGCAGCCUCAUGGCGCCGCUGCCGGCGCCCGAGGUGUGGGACGUGAGCGAGAUCGACGUCGGGCGGGUCUUCCCCCACGAGGUCUCGUACCGGCUGCACGUGCGCGCGGGCCCCGACGACGAGAUCCUCGGGAGCGUCAUGCACCCUGCCGUGCGUGACCAGCCGGCGCCCGAGCUCGCCGCGCCGGAGAGGUGGACGGUGAAGCAGAUCAUCGUCGGCAUCCUCGCAGACGUCUGA